AUGAGAGAAUCCCAACGCCUUUUCCUUCGAAGUCUUAUGUCCAAGCAGUUCCUUUCCGAAAAGGAAACAAUAAACAUGUACCGAAAGGCCUGCAAUGCGUUUGGAGGUGAGUCAAAGCGUUGCUCCAACUCGAUAGUUGCUGAAUCGUCGCACCCGCAGCUCGCUUUCUCUCUCCUUGGUGACAAAGUUUUCUCCUCCUUCAACGUACAUCGAUUUGUUGCAGUUCUGAGAACGAUAGUAGAAGAUAUAGAGCUUCCAGGGAUUAACAGAUUACAAAAAAUAAGUUGUAAAUAGGCUGGCACGACAGUUUGACCUGUUAUCGCUUUAGCGAGCGAUACAUGUACUCGUCGAACAGCGCAUGUAGCUAGUGUUAUGUAUCCAAAUGAUGUUAGUUUUCAGAUAGUACGUGACUUUUUAAUUUUUUCAGAUGACGGUGCGCCUGAAAACUUCGUGAACUUUGUGGAAGCAGUAAAUAAAAACCUAAGAUCUCUGGACAUGGAGAUCAGACAAGGAAUUUCAGAAGAUAGUGGAGCUGUACACUAUGGAUUGGUAAGGACAAGUCAACAAAGCAGUAAUCUGGGGCGCUUUCCAUUCACCAAGAAAUUCCAGUUGGGAUGUUAACGGAACACACAUUUUCCAUGCGUUCGACUAAAAAAUUCCAGGUAUUAAGUGGGAUUUUGAAAAGGUAGUCAUUCACAAGUUUUUACAAGGAAUCACCAGUUCCAGGCUAUUCACAGCGAUAUCUGUGUCACCACCUUGAAUUUUGGUCACAAGAGCAUGAAAGAAUGGAACUUAUGUCAAAUAGAAAGCAUUCUUCACUCGAUGGAAAGUGUUUGGUAAAUAGAAAGCACCCCUGGUCACUCGGGCCAUAAUGAGCCUACUUGAUAACAGCUGUAAAUGAUCUUGACUUUGGGCUUAAUUGAGAUGACCAAGACCCUGUUUACAUGGAGAAAUGGUAACCUUUCCCCUCUAGAAAGGUGACCCUGCUCUAUUUAGGCUGGUUUUCACUAGCGACAGAGUCGGAGUUGUAAGAGCGCUUAUGACCUUGUGAAAAUAAAAAAUCAGAGUCGUAAGCGGAGUCAUGAGCGUGACAGAAUCGGAGUCAGAAGAAUCAGAACGUUUCCAUUUCUUCCGACUCCGCUUACGUUCCGCUUAUGAUCUAGUGAAAACCAGAUUGUCGGAGACAGAAGCAGAAGUGGAAGGAUAAACCAAUCACAAUGCACUUUCCCACACUUUGUGAUUGGUUUGGUUCUUCUGCUUCUGCUUCCAACUCCGACAAUCUGGUUUUCACUAGAUCGUAAGUGAAACUUAAGCAACGGAAUCGGAACGCUGUUUCCACUAGAUCAUAAGCUCUACGCUUCUGAGUAUGACUCUGACUCCAUCGCUAGUGAAAACCAGCCAUUAGUGGGCAACAAGAGAAGCUUCCAAUAUCUUACACAUGUAAUCUCAUAUUGCUAUACCCAUGGAGGCAGCAUUCGUUUGGAAUUCCACUAAGAAUGAGUGGAACGCAUCGAACUCAAUCUUAUCACAUGCAUUUGUAGCUGCUAUCACUCAUUUUUGCAUUUGACCUUCAAUCAGACGCCUAAAAGUCACCCCCACUCCCUGACCUCCUAGUAGUCUCAUGUCUUUGGUGAUCAGUUUAUUGCUGUAGGUGUACUAAAUGAUAAAAAUAUAGACAAUGUUGCCAUUAACCAUGCAAAAGCCCCAAAACUGAAAAGCUCAGUAAAAUUAAGUCCAUGGCCAAAAUACCUUGUUUUUCUGGCAUUUCAGUUGUCUACAGCUCGGCAAGCACUGGAUUACUGGUAACAUCCCUGGAAAUGUCAACCCUUCUUGUUUAAAAGGGAGUUACAUGUCUCUUAAUCUUUCAAACAGGAUUACCCAGCCUGCAUGUAAACAGGCCCUAUGUUGCCAGAUAGGAAAGCAGUGUUUUGUUUUGUUUUCAGAGAAAGGGCUGUACAGAAUAAAGCAAAAAGAAUUCGUUAGAAAAGAAAAUGUUUCAUUCUGAACACAGACUUACAUAAAAGCAAAAGUAUUUUACGUGGUUUGGAGUCACAUUUUAUGACAGCAAAGCCAGAAAAACAGUUCUCAACAGUGAUUAAUAAUGCCUGGGUGUAAAAGGUUCUUGGCUCAUGAAAUACAUUAUUAAUGUAUUACAGUAGCAUCAAGCAAGCUGGGUUUCUUAACUCCAUCUCUCCCUAUGCACCUAGGUGUGUUAUUGUUAUUGGGUAACCUAUAGACAAAAUGCCUAUCUAGGGGCAGUAAAAAUACUUUAAGUAUUAUUGCUUGUGUAACCUUAUUUGUGUUUAAAAAGAGUUAAUAUGAAAUACUUUAUUAAAGCAUGUAAAUUUUUUAGUAAAUGCUUUUGUCUGUUAUAAUAUUUUUUAGGUCAACACAGCUGAGGACGAGCAUUCUAAAAUGGCAACUGAUUUUUCACCGAAUGAAAUCACAUUCUUCAAGAAAGUGGUAGAGUACAACAAACCUGUAUUUUUUAUCAUAAGAGUGUAAUACCACAAACAAGUCUAUUGUAAGCAAGCCCUACAUACUGAAAGGCUAUAUUUUUACAACAUAGAUGGAUGCAAUUGUCACAUCUACAGAUGGCACAGUGUCCUCAUUGGAGGCAAUGAACAUUGGGCCAGACUUGGAAAAAAGGAUUAACAUCACUCGGGCUGAGGAACUCCUGAGAAGGCUUGUUAAAGACCAAUGGAUGUCAGAGGUUAGUAUUUGAGAUUCAAACAGUGUAGGGAAAUAUGAAAAAAUGUAAGAGUACCCUUUGGCCUUGGUCCAAUGAAGCCAAUAUAGCUGGAGCGUAUUCCAGCACCUGGUAGUAUUGCUACUACAAUGUUGUUUGAUUCUUUUUUGAUCCCAAUCUUCAACAUAAUACCUGCUAAGCACUUCUAUGUAUGCAGGCCACUAAUAAUAGUGAACUUAUGCAACAGGACAGGAGAGGAAAGAAGACGGCAAACCUUGUGUAACAAGUGUGACAAUUUUGUAAUUUUGUUUUGAAAAAACUUUCCACCAAACUUUCAAUUCACCUUCCUUUAAACAGAUCUUUCGGCCUCAUGGGCUAUUGACUCAGAGCCCAUUCGGGCUCGAGAAAUAUUAUUGUUAAAUAGCCCUGUCACAUUUGUCACACACAAGCGUUUUGCUGUCCUCUUCUUUCUGCCAUCUCUGGUAUCUCUAUGAAUUCAUUUAUUGAAUAUAACACUCGAGUAAUAUAAGCAGAAUGAAAUAAAAUUGUUUAAGCUUUACUUAAAUGCUGUAAUACAAUGUCCAUCAUUCCAAUGUAAUUCAAUCAAUCCAUGUGUUCUAUUUUCAAAACUAAGAGUUCAUCUUUCAAUUUUAUAAUCUCAACUACACCCCUAAGCGAGACGACGAGCAUCCCCAUCACUUUCAUAUGCUUCCCCCAGGUUCUUAUAACAGGAUAUUCAUGAUUGGUCACCCAACCAGUUCUUAACCCCACCCAGCAGGGCUUAACUUGAGCGCCACACUGAGUUUUGCAAGGUUUUGCGCUAAAUGUAUUUCUAGUUCAGAAUAGUGAAACACAACUUUGAUAUUCUGUUUUUAGUCUACUGGGUCGUACUCUUUGGGACCAAGGGCCAUGUUAGAGCUUCAUCCAUACUUAAAAAGGGUGUAUGAAGAUGACAUAGUAGAUUGCAUGAUGUGUCAUACAAUAGCUAUCAAGGUUAGUAAAAAAGUGUUUUUUGGAUCUAGCCUAAAAGUGAACAUCAUCCUAACUCACAUCCAUCCACAAAUUGAUGUUAUGGGUGUUAACUUUGACUGUUUAUUGUUUAGGGCCAGUGUUGUACUCAGUGUGAUGGCAAGAUUCAUAAACGUUGUGCUGCUCGCUACUUUCAAGGAAGGUAA